UUUGCGGGUAACUGCGUCGGCGAUCCAAUGCGUUGGUUCGGUUUUGGUUUUAACGCAUUUGGACAGAUAUGUGUCCACAAUGAACUCAGUAAAGAUGAAGGUAGGGACACUGUCAGUGACGUUAAAAUAAUGAAUCCAACCGAGCUUCAUAGAAAUGUGGACAAAAGUGUGUGUGGACGAAAUAAAUGUUUGAAGACAAGUCAAAUUAGAGCAAGCUGGAGUCGAAGAGUAUGGUUACAUGUGGAUGGUGACAGCUGUGUGUGCCUGGCAGGUUUCGGUGGUACUUCUGUGGUUGACAGCAGUGGGUGUACAGACACUGUGCUCAGUGAAACACACUUAACCCUCGCCUUCUCUGAUAGAAUUGAGUCCUGGGAUCUGCAGAAGAAAGAGAAGACUCCAGCAUGGAGCAUGGAAAUACAACCUCCAACAGACACCUCUGGACCCCCUCUGAGUCUCCCAUUAGUCCCAGGGGGUUAUAUAGCCACAAAGCCGCCUUUCUACCGCUCCUUAUCACCUCACCUUAAAGCCAAGAGUCUGGCCCUGGGUGCAGAGCAUGCCAUCCUUCUCAGUGCCACUGGAGCUGUGUAUACCUGGGGACUGGGCAGUCAUGGACAGUUAGGGCAUGGCGGCCUCACCUCUGAGGAGGAGCCCAGGGCGGUGGAGGCUCUUUGGGGGAUGCCCAUGAAACACGUUGUGACAGGAGGCUGGCACUGUGCCUGCAUUAGUGAUGGGGCUGAUCUUUAUAUCUGGGGCUGGAAUGAAAGUGGACAACUUGGACUUCCAUCACAGAGUCUGAGGAAAGGACACAAGGAGGAAAGUAGCCAGCAAGCAGCAGCAGACUGCCAGAGUGCCAGCAUAAAUCCAGGUGGAAAGCCACUAGAGGGAGAGAAAGACAAAGAGGUGUUCAUAUCCAUCCAGGCAUUCCCUGCUCUGCUCGAUAUAAGUCCAUCAUGUGAAAUCAGGACAGUCAGCUGCGGCUCCCGGCACACAGCUGCAGUAACGGCCACAGGUGACCUUUACACUUGGGGCUGGGGUGAGUAUGGCCAGCUUGGACACAAGAAUUUAAUCAGUACAGAUGAGCCCCAGUGUGUUGACUUCUUUAAGGAGCAGAAGCUGUAUGUGGUUGACGUAGUGUGUGGACCGUGGAACACGUUUACGGCUGUAGGUGAAGAGGAAGUAAAAUUAUCUUGAAAAUUCCUUCCUUGAACAGUAGACUUUGGACAACAUUACAAGGAAGUAUUAACUUAUUGCAAUAAAUAUAGUAUUUCAAAGUUAUUUUGGAAUAUAUUUUCACAUUUUGUUGUAUGACUGCAUUAAAAACUGUGAAAAAGA